GAGAGUCGGACGUUAAAAGUACUUGUAAACAGAAUUUCGGAGAACUGCAAACAGCUGUGGCAGCUGAUUCAUUCGCCAUGAAUUUCUACUGGUGCUUAGGGCUUUUUUUAGUCUUGGCCUUGGCCUCACCAGGUUAUUCCGAAUGCCCAAAAGAGAGACAAUUUUGUUCGAGAAGUGGAGAUUACAAGCAUUGUGAAGAGGAGCAAGGAAGGUUCCCGGAGGAAACCACUGGAACUAACCUGAUUUACUGUGAUUCAAUGUUCUGCGAACCGGAGGCAUUUCAGCAUGACUACAUAGUCAGCAACCACGAUCAGACACCUCAUCAGAACAAAUGGAAACGGGCUAGAAUAGGGGAAAGAGCUACCUUACAUGAUGUUUGCGUACUGCGAAAUGGAAUGCCGGUCACCAGGGAGUGUAAAUUUAAGGACUACCGAGCUGUAUGGGAAUCCACCGAUCAGUGGGAUCCUGUGGUCUGCUUCAGGAAUUUUAGGGAGCACACGAUCAGUAGGGAUCUGAAUAGUUUGCAUGAUGACGUCCUCGAGGGGAGGAGGCGCACCGAUGACUCCCAAGGACGUCGAAACAUGACUGGCUCGAUGAGGAAAAUGUUCCGACAGCGGGACAGGACUCUUCUGCCCGCCGAUGUCCACAUGACGAGCCAGAUGUUUGGAACCCUGAUGCAGGAGGACAAGGAUGCUGCGGUCAGUGUGGAUUUGGUCAGUGUCUGCAAAGAGAUAAUGUCCUCUGAUAGCCGAGUGCUACGCCUAUCCGCCCAGCUGAAUGCUACCAACUCUCUACUCAGCCUGUUUGAGAACUACAUGGAUGCUCUUCCCGAGCAAAUGGUUCCCAAGGACCGGUGCGGAAAGGUAGUGGCCAAGCCCACCAGCGAUGAAACAGAAACGGCAACCACAGGAGUGGAAACAUACAACUUAUCUGAUGUCGGUGUCCAAGCUCUUAUUACCGGCAAUAUCAGUGUGUUCUUCGCCAAUCCCGAGUGCGACGGAAUCACUGGAAUAGCUAUAUUCUCUGGCCCAGCUGAGAACCGAAGAACUUCCGCCAGUGGCUUCUGGUAUCGCUUUCUCCGAUUCUCAGAUGAUUUGGAUACUAUAAAGCGGGAAUCAGACCUGCAGACAGCUGCCUUUUUGCCGGAGAAUCUCUGGCGGGAAGUGAAAGGCAGGGGAGCUUCCUAUCUAAUCUUUAAGGUCUAUGCUCACGAUGCCCUUUUCGUGGAAACCUCUCUCCAACGCAGUCGGAGGCCUCGCAGUAAGGUGAUCUCUAUUUCUAUACCAGGACUGAAAGGUAACUCCCUUCCCCUGCCAUUGCCGUUUCUUCUUCGAAAUGAAAACCUUCGCGAUCCCGAUACAAAGGCCUUCAGUUUUGGCAGUGGAUGCGGUUUCUGGAACUACCGGACUUGGGCGACCGAAGGAGUAUCUACCAGUAACAGCUCAGAUCUGUUGAAAGAUCCCAUCAUCGAAUGUCACACCCAACAUCUCACACAAUUUGCAUUUCUGGUGGGUGGCAGCUAUCGAACCAAUGACCUUGGCGAGGAGGUUCUGAUUACUCCGAUAAAUGAAAAAGUGCUGGACAUUAUCUCGAUCGUGGGAUGUAGUCUGUCCCUAUUGGGAAUACUGGGAAUAUUCCUCACAGCAGCCCUCUUUAAGAGUUGGCGCAGUCAAGCCUCCACAAAAGUUCUUCUUCAUCUCUGCCUGGCAAUGUGUCUUCAGAUGGUGCUCUUCGUGUUCCUAAACACAGAUGAUAUAUCGGAAACGCUUGUAGUGAAUGGAGAUACAGUUCGCUGCGUAGCUUUGGGAGCUGCCAUGCAGUACUCUAUUCUGGUACUCUUUAGUUGGAUGCUGAUCAUCGCUUUCCUGCAGUUCCAGCGAUACGUUACUGUUAUUGGAAUUGAAAGACCCCGACGAUACAUCCUAAAGGCUGCCCUUGUGGCCUGGUCCCUGCCUUUGGUUCCCACCCUGCUGGUGGCCCUAAUAGACCCCGAUGCGUACAUUCCCUCGGCUGCUCAGUUAUCGACAGAUACUGGUAUCUGCUAUCCAUCGGGAUAUGGUCUGAUUUUUGGAGUGGUCCUCCCCGUGACCAUGAUUACAGUUUCAAACCUGGUGAUCUUCGUGUAUGUUUUCUAUAGCAUUUCGCACUCUUUGAGCCAGACCAUCCACAAAUCUGAAAAGAAAAUGGUUGCCAAGCAGAUCAAACUCUCUAUCAUGCUUUUCUUUCUGCUGGGUCUCACCUGGAUUUUUGGAAUCUUCGCCUUCAUGCAGGCAGGUGUGGCCUUCUCAUAUCUCUUCUGCAUCACGGCCACCAUGCAGGGAUUUGUGAUGUUCGUCUACUUCGUCCUUUUGGAUUCAGCAAACCGUCGGCUGUGGAUGGGUCUGAUUUGUCCCACCAAAAUGGAGAUGGAUGUCCAAAAGCGCACCACUGAGCUCCAGUCCAUGACCACCUCUUCCACGAACUACACGAGCAGAUCGCAACAUUAGUUUUUUUACUUUUCAUAUACGCAACGAACAAAGGGUCUAAGACCAGUGUAUUCAUAAUUUAUUUAUCAUAUUAAGUUUGACAUUAGUUUUA